GUUUUCGUGCGUCGUCCGUACGUGCUUGCUGUACAUGUCACUCUGCUUUUCCGACAGUCUAAGCUCUAGUAUACUAGGAGACUGCAGUACUAUAUCAUAGCGCAACGUGAACGAAUAUGCCCACCUACAAGCUGUACUAUUUUGACGUGCCAGCGAGAGGCGAGCUUCCACGGAUCAUUCUAUCGGCGGCCGGUCAGCCCUUCGAGGACAUUCGUUUUUCUGGUCAAGAAUGGCCCAAGUACAAACCAAAGAUGCCGUUUGGUCAGGUUCCCGUCCUGGAGGUAGACGGCCAGAUGAUCGCUCAAGAAUACGCCAUCUCCAAAUUUCUGGCCAGGCAAUUCGGUUUCUGCAGCGAGGACAAUCUGGAUCACGCCAGAGAGGAUAUGUACGUCUUUUUGUCUGAAGACAUCUAUGUCAAAGUGGAGGAAAUAUUCCACACGAGAGACGAUAAGGAAAAAUCGGAAGCUUUGAAGAAAAAGUUCGUCAAUGAAACCGGCCCUGUUAUGUUGUCAAAACUUGAACAAGCGCUGUCCAAAAGUGCAUCAGGCUAUCUGGUCAGGGGCAAGUUGUCAUGGGCUGACUUGGCCGUGUUUUCUAACCUGGGUGUGAUGGAGUUUAUUUUGCCGACAGAAUCUGUGAAUCUUCUGGAACAUUGUCCUAACAUCAGGAGGAACAUGGAACUGGUCAGGCGCAACCCGAAUGUCAACACCUACCUCAAACAACGCCCAAGUCCCAAUGCAUAAACUCUAAACUCUUUGGUAUUUUAAGACAUUUUUGUUGGUAAAAUCCACCCAUUUAUUAACACUGUAUAACCAA